AUGAAUGCUGGAUGCGAAGCCCAAUGCAAUGGUCGUUUCGCAUCACCCUGGUCGCAAACAAUGGUCGGUUACGGAAAUGAAGAUUCAUAUUUUGCUUUGGAACUGAAUCAAAAUUAUAGAGUAAAAGGCUAUGAUAGGGGCGAUGAUUUUCAUUCGAUAACAAUAAAAAGCAAACAAGCUGUAGCAAAUGCGAAAUCCCUGAUUGAUCCAAGUUUAUUGCAAAAAUAUGAUGACAAUGAAGAAGGAUAUAUUGUCAGUUCACCGAAUGGUCAUAAAUUUAUAUUAUUAAAUGAAGACGUAGAACGUGGUAAUGAUCCAGUUAUUUGUGUAUCGUUAAAUGUUUCGAAUCUUGAACGUUCGAUUAACUAUUACACAAAUUUUUUGAAAAUGAAAACAGCAAAUAAAACGGAUGAUCGUGUUCUUUUGUAUUAUGGAUUCGAUCAAUUAGCACAUUCGCCAGCAAACGAAAAAACAGCAUCCGGUUUCAAAUUGACAAAUCAAUGUAAGUUAGAAUUAGUUGAUAUUCACAAACCAAUUCAUCGUGGAACGGGCUAUGGGCGAAUUGCAUUCUGUUGUCCAACAGAUGAUAUAUCAAAAAUUGAGCAAAUGAUGAGAAGUAAUAAUCAAGGUUCCAUAGUCAUACCUCAAAUGGAAUUAGGCGGAGUAGUGGAAAUUGUUGUAUUGGGUGAUCCAGACGGUCAUGAAAUAUGUUUUGUUGGUGAAGAAAGAUACAUCAAAGCUUGUAAAACAGAUGAUGAUGCAUUGAAAAAAUUUAGUAAAGGUUUAGAAGAAACGAAAAAGUAUUCUGUUACCGAUAUGAAAUAUGAUGUUGGUGAAGACGAUAAAACAGGAACACACAAAGCCAAAGAAUAA